AACUCAAACUACACUAGCGGGAGUCCUCCGAGUCCCUGUUUGAUACCGUCACAUGCCACGCACAUACAAUACACUCCACAGAACAUCGAUUACUUCAACAUGACCGUGGAAAAGUUGUUUAAGAUCUUCCCGCCCUUCCCGGGUGUUAGUGAAGCCCGUCCUGACCACUGCAGGACUUGUGCUGUGGUUGGAAACUCUGGUAAUCUGGCUGGAUCACAUUAUGGACUUCUGAUAGACCAUCAUGAUACUGUAAUAAGAAUGAACCGAGGCCGGACCAAAGGCUAUGAAGGAGAUGUUGGGACCAAAACUACUCAUCAUGUGAUGUAUCCAGAGAGUGCUAUUGAUUUGGAUAACACCACUCAUCUUGUGUUUUUUGGAUUCAAAAUGCGUGACAUGGAGUGGCUCCUGAAGUCUUUCGAUCUAGAGAACUACAAUAAAGUGAACUACAAGAGGAGAGCAAACAAGGAUUUGGUGAUGAUUCUCAAUCCAGCUUUCAUGAAGUAUGUUUAUGAAAAGUGGCUUCAGAAGAAGGGCAGUUACCCGUCUACUGGCUUCAUGACUGUGAUUCUCAGCUUGGUUAUCUGUGAUGAGGUCAGUGUGUUUGGAUUUGGAGCAGACAGUGAUGGAAACUGGAGUCAUUACUUCGAACGGCUCGGCAACAAAAACUUCAGAACUGGACCUCAUCCUGGAGCGUAUGAAUAUGAACUCCUUGAAAAACUACACAAGGACAAGAAGAUACAUUUUUUCAGAGGAUUUUAAUUGUGUGUGUGUGUGUGUGUGUG